AUGAAUGUCGAUAAAAGCGUUAUUCCGAUCAUUGAUCCAAGCUAUGCAGAUCUAAUCCCAUCAAAUGUUCUCUAUUUCAAUGGUGAUCUCAACGUCUACUUCAAAUAUUUUCUUGGCGUAUACGCAUUGUAUAGUGUCGUUUUCUUCUUUUUUGUGCAUAUAUUAAUGGAUCGAGUUGUGCCUUGUUUUUUCAACGGCCAUUCGGUGGUUAUUGGAAUGAACACUUUAUAUCCACGAGUUAAAUUGUUAGUGAAAGGAUAUUAUUCGCUGCUUUUUCGAAACGUUCAUGUCGAUCGCAGCACAACAAUGCAAGUGAUCGAGAAGAAAGUCGACGUUUUACCCGCAAAGCGG